AUGGAAAAGCCAUGUCGUUCAUGUCUAAACGGCCCUAGCAACAAGAUUCUAAUGAUCGUGAUGAUCUUCACUUUUCUCGUUCAUGUGGAUGCUUUCCAACGGGAUCGCUGUGGCAACGUGAAACAAACAUUUUUUUCAGCAGACAAUCGUGCACUUCAGACUUCUACAUUAAGAGAGGAACAGUUCAAGUCUGCUGUCCGCUGUGUUAGCUACUGUCAUGCUGAUAACAACUGUCGAUCUGUGAAUUAUCAUAGACCAGAUCAACUUUGUCAAAUGAACAAUCUGACAAGGUUGCAAAAUCCCAAUGAUUUCAUUACACACUACGGCAGUGUGUACAUUGAUAAUGAUGCAGACACAUCUCUCUUCUCUGUGCCUCAGUUCAGAGGUUGUGAUGAGGUCCUUCAAGCUGGUCAUAAUGUGAGUGGUAUCUACACGAUAUUCCCAGCUGGAUUCAAUGAUGGGCUACAAGUCUACUGUGACAUGGAGACUGAUGGAGGGGGAUGGAUCGUCAUUCAGAGGCGUCAAGAUGGCAGCGUGGACUUCAACCGCAACUGGGCUGACUACCAGGUUGGCUUUGGCGGCUUGUCUGGUGAGUUCUGGCUUGGGAAUGACAACCUACGCAGCCUGACUGAGACUGAAGGUAAGUGGCAACUACGAAUAGACUUAGAGGACCGGGAGAAUAACACGGCCUGGGCUGAAUAUGACGACUUUCAGAUUCAUGGAGACAACUACACACUCAGAGUCAACUCGUGCAAUAUUUACAGCACUGCCGGAGACUCACUCACAUACCACAAUGGAAUGAUGUUUUCAACAAAAGACAAGGACAAUGAUACAAAUAGAAUGAAGUUCUGUGCCAAAUUGCGUGAAGGUGCGUGGUGGUAUAAAAAUUGUUAUGAAUCUAAUUUGAAUGGACGAUUUCGGCCAGGAACCACUAGGGAUGUUCCAGAGCACUGCCCCGCGAAGCCUGUUUACCGCUGUCUGGGUUACCUCUCCCUUCUCUUAGAGUAA